GAAACGAACAACAACGAUCAUGUCUCUCCCCAUAGCUCUGAAGGAUAUCUCCGACAAACCUCAGGCAGGCGCCGUCACUGACCCCGUUCAUCCGGCUCAGAUGCAGGCCGAUAUUGAUCGCAAACUCAGACUAUACGGCGUCGUCCAGGCAUUCCGCAACGGUCGCAUGCCUACCAACGUUCAGAUCAACGACGCCCUCUCAUAUGUCGAGGCCCACUCUCCUCUUGACAUGUCACAGCUUUCCGCUGAAGGUCGCAACCUCAUCGAUGACGUUCGCGACAUUAUAGAGACCGCCAGGAAGAUUGUCAUGGAGAAGAACGCCGACGAGCUCUUCCAGAACUUUGUCUGGCACACAACCUACAUCGAUCCUAACCGCGGAAAGGUUGUCGACAGUCUCGGAGAUGCAGUCCCAGUCAGUCAGGAGCAGGCUAAAGCUGACGCCCAACAAGCGGUCGUCCACGUCCGCACCCUUCUCUCCCUCUUCCUCACCAAUGCUGAGGCCCGCAAGCUUUUGAGCGAUGUCGGUCUCAUUGGACGCGACAUGUUUGCCACAGGUGCCGCCAACGUCGCGGAAAAGGUUCGCCCUGACCCUGAGGCCAUGGCUCGUGUCGAUGAUGCCGCGCCUUCCAAUCAAUGGAAGGGUGCCGACGGCCGCGUUCACGGCCCGAACGAGACCCCGGUGCUUCAGGCCACUCUCCCUGGCGGUCGAACGGUGCAGGCGCAUCCUAAGGAACCGUUAUCGAACGCAACUUACCGUGACGCCGACGGUCAAGAGCGGCCAACGGCCGAGAUUGCCCAGCAAGCUCAAGAGCGUGUGCCAGUGGACGAUGUCACCGACAGAGAACAGUGGGCGAACGCUGCCACAAACGGAGCUCGCCGCAAUGCCGAACCUCAUGUCCGCGACGUCCAAGGUGCGGUACAGCGUCAACCAGACGAUGACGGCGACGCACAGGUCGAGGCAGGCAAGCGCACAUGGAAGGAGAAGUUUAACGACUUCAAGGCUAAUCUCAACGACCGUGUUCCUGACGAGCAUAAGGACAAGAUCCGCGAGCAUCGUGAUGCCAUCAAGGACCACUUUAAGGAGCAAUUCCCUGAGGAGCGUCGCGACCAGUUCAUUUGGCGAAUGAAGAAGGUUGUCGUCGAGAAUCAGAAGCACGGCGACUAUCAAGAGACUAUGAAUUGGUUCUUGAACUUCCUCGAGACAUACCACGGCCACGCCAAGUCUGCUGUCGGCACUGGCUCUCAGUCUGCCAACGCUCUGACUGAAGAUCCUUCUCUUCAGCUGGCAUGGUCCGAGUUCCGCACCCUCCUCGAGCGUUUUGCUAAUAACCGUACGAUGCAACCUAUCAUCGACGCAGUCAAUGAUCUGUACAACGAUGCGCAGCAAGAUGAAGGUCUCCGUCACUAUUUUAGUCGUCUUGAUGGAUUUGUACGUCGUACCCUUCUGGAGCCUGGUUACGUGCUAGCCCCAGAAUACGACGACGACGCGCGGCGGGUUCGCGACGAAGGGAAACAGUUCUUUGACGAGAAGUAUGCACCUCACAAGGACCGUUUAUUCGAUUCGAUCCAGGACUUCUUCCUCGCUAUGGGCGACGAUCCGUUGAACAAGCAGUUCGGCGAUGACUGGGCCCGUCUUACACAUGAUCUGUUGUUCGACGAGAACGGCCAGCUUGCUUUCAAGCCCCACUUGUGGGGUGAUAUCCGCCGGGUCAUCCUGCCAUCCAUCGUGGAUCAGGUUGGAUAUGUACCCAUUCCGCGCAUCGAAUACACCGACGAUCAGAUGGAUCUCGUCAUAGAGAAUCUGACUUUGCAGGGUCGCAACCUCUUACCCAAUGUCAUCGAGCUGGAGGUUCACAAUUGGAUCAAGUUCUCACCCUACUCAACGGUGACGGACGAUCACCAUCACUCUUUCCGUGGAAUCUUCGGUCAGAUUCAGGCCGAUCUCCGCGAUGUGGCCUUUUACUUCAAGAAAAAGCAAGGCUUCCCGAAGCUGUCUGACUCCGGCGUGGCCGAUGUUGUCAUCGGUGGCUCAGGGAUUAGCGGCACCGUCCAUGUCGCAUCCGCUGGAAAGGACAAGUCAUCGGUCUUCACCGUCAAAGAUGUCCAUGUCAAAAUCGAUUCUCUCAACUUCUCCAUUCGUGACUCGAAGCAUGAUACCUUGUACAAGGUUCUCAAGCCCCUGGCUACAGGUCUCAUCAAGAAACAAAUCGCAAAGGCUCUCCAAGAUGCCAUUCGAACUGGCCUGGAGUACGUGGACGGGGAACUCGUCGGUGUGCGCGAUCGCAUGGGCGAGGCGAAGGCACAGGACGGUGUCACCCGCACUGAUGUGCCGAAACAGGCUUUCCAACGGAAGAAAGCGGAAGCUCAGAGCGUGAAGGAAAAGACUGGCGAGUUUAAGAUUGACACGACUCGGGAUUCGAUGCUCUUGCCUAACGUCGGUCACGAGGGUGGACUGAUCAACCGGCAAUUCGAGCGUGCUGAGGCGGCUAAGCGCGGCAAGGAGUGGCGCAGUGAUGCGUUCUCCAUCGUUCCUCAAGGCAGCGCUAACAGGGCGUGA